AUGGCUAAUGUUCACAGAGAGCAGCUUCUCAUGAAGGACCAGUAUAACACAGAUAAUGGAAUUAAGACUGAAGCGUCUAUAAGUCAGUCAAAUGUCUCUAAGGUCUCCCGGACACACAAUGAGCUUCACAGGGAACUGCUACUGGCCCACAAAAGGGGUCUGGCACUAAGCAGCAGAUCAGAACUUCAACAAGCCCUGGAGAGGAGACAGAGAGUCCAGAGUGACCAGGAGGAGGAGGAGCUCAGCAGAACUCCACUGGAGGAUGUGCUGCUCAGACGUCAACAAAAACAACUUGAGACAGAGAAGGAAAGCGAGGAGAGGGUUCGUGAAGAAGCUCAGUUGAUGGAAUUUGUCAGAGUUCGCCAGAACCUGAGAAAGAUCCACACGGCGAUGCAGCAGAACAAGGCUGGUACCUCCUGA